GGCCCAGAGUGGAGGCCAAAAGAGGGCCCCGUGCUGGCCCCGAUGAGGACGCUACUGACCAUCCUGGCUGUGGGAUCCCUGGCCGCUCACCUUGCGGAGGACACCUCGGAUCUUCUUCAGCACGUGAAAUUCCAGUCCAGCAACUUUGAAAACAUCCUAACGUGGGACAGCGGGCCGGAGGGCACCCCAGACACGGUCUACAGCAUCGAGUAUAAGACGUACGGAGAGAGAGAGUGGCUGGCCAAGGAGGGCUGCCAGCGCAUCGCCCGCAAGUCUUGCAACCUGACGGCGGAGACCAGCAACCUCAACGAGCUCUACUAUGCCAGGGUCACGGCCGUCAGCUCGGGAGGCCGGUCAGCCACCGGGAUGACCGACAGGUUCAGCCCGCGGCAGCACACUACUAUCAAACCACCUGAUGUGACCUGUAUUCCCAAAGUGAGAUCCAUUCAGAUGAUUGUCCAUCCUAACCCCACACCCGCCCACAAGGGGGAUGGCCACCAGCUGACCCUGGAGGAUAUCUUCAGUGACCUGUUCUACCACUUGGAGCUCCACAUCAACCACACCUACCAAAUGCACCUUGAAGGGAAGCAGAGAGAAUAUGAGUUCUUUGGCCUGACCCCCGACACGGAGUUCCUCGGGACCAUCAGGAUUUUGAUUCCAAUCGGGCCCAAGGAGAGCGCCCCCUAUGUGUGCCGAGUGAAGACGCUGCCGGAUCGGACGUGGACCUACUCCUUCUCCGGCGCCUUCCUGUUCUCCAUGGGCUUCCUGGUGGCGGCGCUCUGCUACCUGAGCUACAGAUAUGUCACCAAGCCGCCUGCGCCCCCCAACUCCCUGAAUGUCCAGCGAGUGCUGACCUUCCAGCCGCUGCGGUUCAUGCAGGAGCACGUCCUCAUCCCCGUCUUUGACGCCGGCGGCCCCAGCAGUCUGGCCCAGCCCGUCCAGUACUCCCAGGUCAAGGUCUCGGGGCCCCGCGAGCCCCCGGGAGCUCCACGGCAGCACAGCCUGUGUGAGAUCACCUAUGUGGGGCAGCCGGACAUCAUCCUCCAGCCCCGCCACGUGCCACCUCCCCAGACGCUGUCCCCACUGUCCUAUGCCCCGAAGGCAGCCCCUGAGGUCGGGCCCUCAUCCUACGCACCCCAGAGGACCCGCGAAGCUAAACCCCCGUUCUACGCUCCACAGACCGUCGCUAAGGUCCAGCCUCCCUCCUACAGCCCUCAGACCACUCCGGAUGGCUGGCCUCCUUCCUACGGGGUGUGUGUGGAAGGCUCCAGCAAAGACUCCCCACCUGUGACACUCUCCAGUCCCAAACACCUUAGGCCUAAAGGUCAGCUCCGGGAAGAGGCACCAGCUGGAAGCUACAUCCCGGGUGGCCUUUCUCUGCAGGAGGUGACCUCCUUGGCUUCAGAGGGAUCCCAAGAAGCAAAAACUUUCCUCCAGCCUCUGGGGAUUUGCACGGACAGAGCACCCGAGCCCAGCGUGCUGCACAGUGGGGAGCCAGGGACAUCGCAGUACCUAAAGUGCCAGCUCCCCCUCCUCUCCUCUGUCCAGAUCGAGGGCCACCCUGUGUCCCUCCCUUUGCACACUCCUUCCCUCCCAUGUUCCCCCUCGGACCAAGGUCCAAGUCCGUGGGGCCUGCUGGAGUCCCUGGUGUGUCCCAAGGACGAGGACAAGAGCCCAGCCCCUGAGGCCCCGGACCUGGAGCAGCCCACAGAGCUGGAUUCUCUUUUCAGUGGCCUGGCCCUGACCGUGCAGUGGGAGCCCUGAGGGGAGAACAGGACAGACCUGGGGCUUCCUCCCUGUCCUCCUCUGGCAUCACAUCCGUGGCUGUGAAUCCCGGGCCCAAACGUGUGGCACACUGCCCAGAGAGAACCAGAGGACGGAGGACGAGGGGCCCCUGCCGUGAGUGAGCUCCCCAUCGGAGCAGAAAAGCACGAUGAGGACUGAAGUCGGAGGAGCUCUGGGAGCGCAGAGCCCGGCGGGGCAGGACAGGAUGGUCACAGUGCAGGCAGGUAACGCGGGGAAACCCCAGAGGAGACCCAGCGUCCCACCUCCUAAUACCCUGGACUCAAAGUUCUCGGGGAACCUGCCUGUCUGCACCCCAUUCCCGGCCAGCUUCAUUAUUGAGUGUGACAAAGGGGAAGGCCCCUGCCUCCUCGGUGAUUGCCCAAAGGUGAGAAAAGAGCCUGGAAAAGGACACCUCGUGGGAGGCCAGGCAGAACCAGAACAACCUGCACUUCUGCCAAGGCCGGGCCAGCACCAUGGCCAGGCUUCAGGGAGGGGUGCGCCCUGGGGCACCUCCUAAACUGCACCACUUCAGCUGCGUUCCUCUGCGGGAGGCUCUGCCCCCAGUGACAUGCGGGUCCACCAGGGAGGGAGACACACACACCUUUUCUGCAGGCAGGAGUUUCAGACCUUACCCUGAGAAUGAGGUUUGAAAGGAGCGUGGGGCCAGGUGGCCCCUGAAGGAGAUACGACAACAAACUGUAUUUAUGAUACUUCAUGACCGGGAAACUCUCAGCCAUGGGUUCAACCCAUCUGGAUUUAAAUUCCAGCCUCAGCACUUACAAGCUGUGUGACUUCAUGCACAUGAAUCAUUGCUCAAAACCUCAGUUUCCUCAUCUGUAAAAUGGGGACAGUAACACCUACCUCACGGUGUCGUGGUGAGGAUGACAUUACAUAGCGUCUGGAAAGUGUUUAACAGUGCCUGGUGCAUGGGCAC